AUGAAAGAGGCGAGUGAUUUUCAAAGAGUAAAUGCACUUUUCUGCGGAAUGAUAUGGUGUUUGCGCGCUGCUGUGCUUCCCUUCGACGCUAAAGUGCUGAUUUUUGUCGCGAUUGAGUACGCUUUUGACUUCCUGCAGAGAGUGUGGGGGAAGAAAGUGGGAAAACGCACUAAAAAGAGGCAGAUCCCGGAGGGGGAGAGAAGAAUUGCAGUUAUUUUGGACGGGACGAGUGCGCACGGGAGGCUUAUGAAGGACCGACUGAUAGAGCUCGGAUAUCACGUGGUUUUUCCCUCGGAGGAAGAAGCCACGCACGAGAAAGCUAUUUCCAUACCCGUCCGGAUACGGGAUGAAGAGUCGAUCGAUUUGUUUGUGAAGAAGGUGGCUUUNCAAGGGGCUGUAGACCUUCUUCUUGUGAACUCUUCCGACUACCGCUUGAUAAAAAGCAAGGUAAAGCCCGUUAAAGGCGUUGAAAAACAGAUCAUCCCGUGCAAGAAAAAGAAGGGCUUUAUCAGCAAGAAGGAGCUGUACAAGGAGAAGGACCGGAUUCUCCUGGAGAAGGACAUGAAUGCCCGGAGAAACUACCUUUUCAACUUUCUGCUGAUCCGAGGACUCUCCGAGAAGCUAAAGGCAGGAGAAGGCGUAGUUAUCGUGUGCGUUCACAGAAUAUUUAUGCUCGCAAAUGGAGUCGAUACGCUCCUUCCCAGCUACACGUUCUCCUACUGCCACAGCCAGCUUUUGAACCUUUUCCUGGGAAUUGGGGCAAAGAGCAGAUACGGAUACUUGGACGUUAGAAUUGUGGCGACUGAUUUCUUCAAUGACCUGUGGGUGGAUGCUGCUGCUAGCUGUGCUUUGCACCCGAAAAGCAGCGGAAUUCUGUUCUUCGACAACUUCCAGGAGAAGGCGCUGGAUAAAGCGCACACCGACAGGGCAAAUGACAUGUGGGAAAAUGCAGAAAUGAUCUCGUAA